GAUAGGAGCGGCCGCAGAACUGAACCUCCGCAUCUGUCCUCCCGCCGGACGGUCGCGAUGGAUUUCGUGCUGAGCGGAGUGGCGGCGUGCGGAGCGUGUCUGUUCACCAACCCGCUGGAGGUUGUCAAAACGCGAAUGCAGCUGCAGGGAGAGCUCCAGAGCCGGGGCACUUACCAGGUUUAUUAUCGCAACGUGUUCCACGCUUUUUACACCAUCGGUAAAGUGGACGGACUGGCAGGCUUACAGAAAGGACUGGCGCCCGGGCUGGUUUAUCAGUUUUUUAUGAAUGGAGUCAGACUCGGCUCGUACGCCAUCAUUGAGUCCUCUGGUUACAUCCACACCAAUGGAAGGGUCAGCGCGCUAAAAACCACGUUAGCAGGGGCUGUGGCUGGAGUGGUGGGGGCCGUGAUGGGCAGUCCUGUAUACUUGGUCAAGACUCAUCUGCAGAGUCAGUCUACGUCCUCUAUUGCGGUUGGACAUCAGUAUAAACACCAGGGGAUGAUCCACGCUCUGGCAGCCAUCUACAGGGAGCAUGGCAUUCUGGGACUGUGGAGGGGCUCCAGUGCUGCUGUACCGAGGGUCAGCGUGGGGUCAGCUGCUCAGCUCUCCACCUUCUCCUCCUCCAAGGAGCUUGUGAUUGACCUACAGGUUUUCGCAAAGGACAGCUGGUUGGUGGCUCUGAGCGCUGGCAUGAUCAGCAGUGUGGUUGUGGUGUUGGCCAUGACACCUUUUGAUGUGGUGAGCACACGGCUCUACAACCAGCCUGUGGACCAGUUGGGCAAGGGGCAGCUUUAUAAAGGAUUCACUGACUGCUUCUCCAAGACGCUGAGGAAGGAGGGCUUGACAGGACUUUACAAAGGCUUGGGAGCCUCUUAUUUCCGGCUCGGUCCACAUACCAUUCUGUCUUUGUUCUUCUGGGAUGAACUGCGCAAACUGUACCAGCAGUACAGAUAACACCAGGGACGAGGAGACUGGGAAAUGGGUAACUCAUUAAGCUCUGAGUGCAUAGGUUAAAUGAGUCCUCAUUUAAUGAGUUCACUAUUAUGAGGUAAAAGAAAAACCAGGAGCUGCUCUCCUUUCUUCACAGGAAAGGUAAAGAGCAAAGGUAACAUUUUACACUCCAAUAAGAAAACAGAUUAGUACAGUCAAAAUGCAUCAGGAAGCAGGGUGAAAAUGUCAAAACUGCAGUCAAGAGCGCUGAACAGUUCUGUCUGACAGAUAUCAUAAACACACUUGGAUUAGUCUUGGUAACAACCAGUAUGUGCUCAGAUAUGAUGAUCUACUCAUUAGACCUCACCUACUAACAUAGGUAAUAGUCUAAACCAGUAUAUUCAAAGGGAAACAAGAUAUUUUGGCAUGGUGAUAAAAUCUCAUCAGACAAGCGUAGGAAAGAAGCACUGAUGAAAAUGUGCCAGUAACACAAAAGACAUACAUCAGCCUUGUAUUGGAAGGAAGUGAUGCAGACUAUAACAUCGCAACAGAAUGAAGGAUUCUGUGGGUGAGGGAUUUCCUGUAAGCAACUUUGCCUUCAAGUUAACAAGUGUUGUUAAAGUCAAAGAGGACCUGCUGAUCAGUGACCCACUGGUGAGCCCAUCAGUACAAACUAGGGAUCAACUGAUAUAGUUUUUUCAGGGCCGAUACCGAUUAUUGGUAAUCAAGGAGACCAUAUUUGGAACCGAUACGCCAACACAAAACUACUGCUGUAUAAGGACACUCACCGUGUCGUCCAGGUGUUUCUAUUAUGUUGUCCACCCCAUUUAUAUCAGUGAAAGUAGGCUUAAUAACAGAAACACCUCUGUAUAAUGUAAUACAGCUACACACACUACAUCCUCCAUAAUGAUCAUACAGCUGAAUCAACAACGGUCUAAAACUAUUUUAUUACAAACUGAACAUGAUAACCUUCAUGAAGGAGGAUUUACUGCAGGACUGCUGUAUUGCUCAGUUUUAGGUAGAUGUUCCUAAUAAACUAAGAUGUUUCCCCCUUCCCCCUUUUAAAAAAAUGAUCUGAGAACAUUUUUACACAGUAAUUUUACUUCUAAUGUAGUAAAAUGUCUUUUCAGUAAGAGUAGUUAGUGAUCGG